AUGUCAAAGUACCUUUUUAUCUUUAUUCUAUUCAGUUUUUUUAAUAUUGGAUUGGGUUAUGUCUACUUUGCACAAUAUUCUUCAACAGAUUGUUCAGGUGAAGCAAUCAAAAUAUCUUCCUAUGAUGUAGAUCAAUGCUACCCCUACCCUGCAACCGAAAUUUUAAUCCAAUCGGCCAAUAUGACAUAUGUAGCCUAUAGGGUACGUCAACUAGGUUCAGGGUACUAUGCGAUUACUGGACAUACUAUAACUGCUUGCCAAGGUCCAGACUAUAGUGAAAAUAAUUUAAUCGUUUUCCAAGCUGGCACCUGUGUGGUCACCAUUUUUGGAUCAUUUAAAGGCUAUGAAUCACCUUAUCACAUUAUUCCAAUUCCUGGAUACCACUACUAUGAAAGAUAUACAUCUAUCCAUGGAUGUUAUAUUGAUACAACAAACCAAAGAGUAUUGAUAAAACCAGAUACAUGUACUUUGGCUGAUUUAUCUGGUUUGUCAUCAACAACCAUGAUUCGAAACAUGAUGUCAUUCUCUAAUGCAUCAGUCUCUAAUUCGAUCAACAUUAACCCAUCUACGAGAUCACUAUCAUGCCAAAGUGCGUCCCAAUCUACAAUUAAUGUUACACCAUGCACUUCUGGGUAUAACUAUGUCCGAUCAUUGAUAGCUAUCCCACCAUUCACCUUCAACAUUUCAAUUGGAGUUAAUUCAGUAUCUCUCCAAUUUGAACCUUUUUUCCACAAUUACUUGGUUAUUUCCUUUCAAGUUUCUGCAACUGAUACAAACUACACACUUAACAUGUGUAAUGGCCAGCCAGACACAUGUACCAUACCUUAUCUCCAAGCCUCUACUUCUUAUACCUUGACAGUUUCUUCAUUAGAAGACACUAGUAUCUUUUAUCCUGCUUUUGAAAUUAGUGGGAGAUCAACUAUAAAAACUCUUGCAAAUCCUACAUUGAAUGUUGACAAUAUUAUUUCAUACUCUACCAGUUCUACUUUUGACUAUCAAUCAACAUGUAGUGAUAUUCAAUCACAAUCCUCACUAGAUGUUGCAGGCAUCUCAUGUAAAUUCGAUGGAACUGGUGCAAUUUGCUCUGGCCUAGUCCCCAACACUACACGAACCUAUACAUUGCAAAUUAAAUGUGUAGAUACAAUUGCCACAUUUGACUUUGAAAUGAAAACAGAUAUUGGAAUUGGCUCGCCAUUCAUAAGUACAACAAAAAUUGAUUCAACUCAUUAUAACAUCAGCUAUGGUGCCACUGGAGGUAGACCAAAUGAUUCUACCUAUUCUAUUGUCGUCAACCAACAAAUCUUGGUCCAAAAUACUACAGAUACUUUUAAUGUUAUUGAACUUGCACUACCAAACACCUACAAUGUUACAAUCAUUGUUUAUAAUGAUAAUCUAUCCAUGACCAAUUCUACAUUUAUUAAAAUUGACCAAGUGGAUACUACAACUACAUCAACUACUACUACAACAUCAGAUACAUCAACUACUACUACAACCACCACCACCACUGGAAGACCAAAUCCAAGUCAAGCCAACAUAAUUGAACAAUCCAUUUUAUUAGUAUUUUCGAUUACCUUUGCAAUUCUAUUAAUUUAA